UUUUGGCACCCAACGAUAUGGAUUGGGGCCGGAUUGGGAUUGAAUGGAUUGAUGAAAAGCUCCGAUAUAGUGUUUUGACAACAGGGCAGCUCAAGCUCAGACAUGGCAUCCAGGAAGAGUAUGGGAGUGGAAAGAGUGCUGGCUAAAUUGCGAGCCUCCGUCGAGAAGGGGGAAUACUAUGAGGCCCACCAGAUGUACAGGACACUCUACUUUAGGUACGCCGGUAUGGAGAAGUGGCAGGAACUCCGCACCUUGCUUCUGGACGGCGCCCGGCUGCUGCUGUCGAAGGGGCAGACGGAGAGCGGGGCUGACCUGGCCUCCCUCUACAUUGACGUUCUGGCCAAGUCAAUGGCCGACUGCGACCAGGAGACAGUGGCCAACAUCGCCAGUCUGUUCGGCGCGAUCGACGCCAGCUCGGCGGACCGUCCGUCGUUCCUCGGCCGCGCUAUCCGCUGGUCUCAGGAGGCAACGCCGUCGGGGAAGGGAGGCCACCCCGGACUGCACCAGGCCGUAGGCAUGGUGCUCUGGAAAGAGGGUGACCUGGUGGGCGCGCGCUACCACCUGCUGCGCUCGGACGACGGUCAGAGCUGCGCCCGGCUCCUGGUGGACCUGCACCUCCAGCGGGGGGCAGCCGACGAGAUCGACCUCUUCAUCACACAGGCCGUCCUGCAGUAUCUGGCACUGAAGAACGUCUCUGCGGCCGCCGCCUGUUUCUCGGGUUAUGUGGCCGCCCACCCGCUGGUGGAGGCGAGCACGGCGCCCUUCUCACUGCCACUAUUCAACUUUGACUUCUUCCUGCUGAAGGCGGCCGAGAGUGGAUCGGCGCCCCAGUUCCGCACCCUGUGUGAGAUCUACCGGCCCAGUCUGGAGCGGGACCCCACCUACGCCAAGCUGCUGGCGAGGAUCGGGCUGGUACUGUUCGACAUCCAGCCCCCGCAGCGACAGCAGGGCAUGCUAGGUAACCUGAUCCAGUCUCUGAUGUCUGGCCUGGACGGUGGCGAGGAUUCCGACUCUGAUGGUGACACCGCCUCCGGCACAUCCACAAAGUCUCCCGUACCCAAGGUAGCCAAAAUGGACACCGGGGAGCUGGACUGACUAUAUGACUGAGUAUCGACGACGCUGCGACCGGUACAGCCGAGAAGGCUGCAUCUUCUUUUCCUCUGACUAUAUGAUUGAGUCUCACCAUCGCUGGGACACAAAGAGGACAGAAGACUAGGGUUUGGAGGUCUCCGGUAAGAUGUCAAAGCCUAGCGUGUCGAAGACUGGGGCGUCGAAGCUGCCAGCAUGUCCAUGUUUCGUCGAAGCUGGCCAGCAUGUGGUAAAGACGCUCAGGUGGGUUUCCCUGUCUCGAUCCGGAUGACGCCUUGGUGUCAGAUCCGGAGGCCCACUGAAUGUGGGAUGGGCGUUGCGAGUGAGGCGUAAAAAGCUGGCGGAAUGGGAUGGGGGGGGGGGGGUUAGAGUGGUUAAAAAGUGUUACAUACGCGUGCUCGAGUUCGAUUGAAAAGUAUGCCAGUCUUUAGAUCCGGGCUUGAUCUAUUUGCAUUAAGCUCUAAGUCUCGAGAUCCAAAGCCCUAGCUUUUGGUCUGGAGGCCGUGGUGUUAAAGUCAUCUCGAGGUUUUGGUCUUGAGAUCUCGUCCUAGAUAACGUCCGAUGCCAGGGCUCGGGAUCUAGAGAUAAUUGUUUCGAGACCCACCGUAAGGGAACCCGACCUCGAGCGAUCUAAACACGGCCUUAGAAACGGCCGGCGUUUGAUUCGGAGAACAGUACGCGAAGGCCUGUGUGCAGUAGUGCUGGGCACGAAACUUCGCGCUGGACGCUGAAACUGGAAUGUUUGAAGGCGAAUGAAAGGGAUGCAAGACGUGCAGCUGCUGGAGGACUUUGCCAGUUGAUGUGUCAACGGACAGGGCAGUUGUCUGGCAGUUGGACGUUAUGGCAACGGGUACGAACGGUGACUUGGCGGACAUUUGUCGGAGUCAGGCGACUCAGACAUGUGACAGAUGACAAUACUUGUGUGACAGUGGUGCCAGCUAGCGGACAGUUUUGUAACUUUCACUCUGAGUGCUGUCGGCUAGUAGCGUCUUCAGCGGCGACUCGUGAUUCAGUGGCACUUCUUACAAGGUCUGACGAAACCCAGGCAGCGAUGACAAUAAAUAGAGCAGUUCACUUCCUUUAUAUCCUUGCAACUAGCUACUGCGGAUAUAUUACACUUUUGUAAGUAAGGGAUGUUUGAUGUAUUUUAUGCAACAUCAAAUCUGAAUGAAUUGAAUGCCCAAAUCUAGCAGCAGGGCUUACAAUGGUGCUCCAUCUCUCUGGUGUCUGGACCCUCUAACUUAUGUGAUUUCGAAAUGCGCAGUUAUCGAUUUGCUUCAGCGCGUAUUUUCUGUCCUCUAAAAAAGUAAGUUCUUCGAUGGUGAUGUAUUAAACUUUGAAAUGCAUUCCUUCAUUUCAAUCGGGCUCUGUUUACCUUGGUACUUAUGGGAUUAUGUAAACAUCGGUGCUCAAUUUCAUGCAAACUAUAACCUUCACAGAGUGCGUAAGACUAUGCCAGCUUAGCUGCAAUGCACUGAAUACCUUCGCUGUACUGAGGUGUGCAGUGAAUGCCGGCCUCGUUUCGGCCCGCAAUGCCCGACACCUGGGUUUGUUUGGUGGAACGGUUGCCGGGCUCCCCAGGCCGAUAUCAGAUUCGCGCUGUCCGUGGCAGCGAGGCCCGCACCGGGCCUAUUUGCUGUGAUUGACAAUAGGUGGCAGGACGGUCGAACGUGUUU